AUCGAUGUUUGCACGACUUACAACCCUAAUUUUUCCUCUCUUCGGCUCCGGUCUUUCUUUCGCUACGCGCACGUCGCUAAGAGUGGAUCACGGAACACGUGUUUUAAAAUAUCUAUAAAAUGGGUCGCGUCAGAACCAAGACGGUGAAGAAGGCCGCUAAGGUCAUCAUUGAGAAAUACUACACCCGCCUGACGUUGGAUUUCCACACCAACAAGCGCAUUUGUGAGGAGGUGGCUAUCAUUCCCACCAAGCCCCUGAGGAACAAGAUUGCCGGCUAUGUCACCCAUUUGAUGGGCCGUCUUCGCCACUCCCAAGUCCGUGGCAUUUCCAUUAAGCUGCAGGAAGAGGAGCGCGAGCGUCGUGAUAACUACGUUCCGGCUGUCUCUGCUCUGGAGCAGGACAUCAUUGAAGUUGACGCCGAUACCAAGGAGAUGUUGAAGCUGUUGGACUUCCACAACAUUCGUGGUCUGCAGCUCACCCAGCCCAACACCAACAACUUUGGACGUCGCAAUUAGGUUUACAGUUCGCAUUCAGUAGCCGUGAAUUAAUAAUAAUGGUGAAUGUCUAUGUUUAUACGGCGGCGCUGUUUUUUUGCUAUACAAACAAAAAUAUGUUGCUUAAGGCACACGAAUAAACACAGGCGUGUGUGCAUUGUAACAAAAAUA